AUGGCGUCCAGCAGUAGCACGCCGCCGGUGGCACCUAAGCCGACGGCCAUCGUCUGCGUCGGCAUGGCGGGAUCGGGCAAGACAACCUUUAUGCAACGCAUCAACGCCCAUCUUCACGGCCAGAAGGAACCGCCGUAUGUCAUCAACCUGGACCCGGCAGUGCUGAAUGUGCCGUUCGAGUCCAACAUUGACAUCCGCGACUCGGUCAACUACAAGGAGGUCAUGAAGCAGUACAACCUUGGACCCAAUGGCGGAAUCUUGACGAGUCUGAACCUGUUCGCGACCAAGGUCGACCAGAUCGUGGGUUUGCUGGACAAGAGAGCGGCCCCAGAGGACGGGAAGAAACCUAUUCAGAAUAUAUUGGUAGAUACACCCGGGCAGAUCGAGGUUUUCGUCUGGUCCGCCUCGGGCCAGAUCCUGCUGGAGUCCCUCGCCUCGUCAUUCCCCACUGUCAUCGCGUACAUCAUCGACACGCCCCGCACAGCCUCGACGAGCACCUUCAUGUCGAACAUGCUCUAUGCCUGCUCCAUCCUCUACAAGACAAAGCUCCCGAUGAUCUUGGUCUUCAACAAGGCCGAUGUGAAGGACCCAUCGUUCGCCAAGGACUGGAUGACAGAUUACGACGCAUUCUCCGAAGCGCUCCAAGCGGACGAGGCCAGCAAUGCUUUUGGCGGCGUCGAAGGCGAGGGCGGAGGCAGUGGAUAUAUGAGCAGCCUGUUGAACUCGAUGAGCUUGAUGCUGGAGGAGUUCUACACCCAUCUGAGCGUGGUUGGCGUGUCGUCCAUGACGGGUCAGGGCGUGAACGACUUCUUUUCCGCAGUCCGAGAGAAGGCAGAUGAGUUCAACCGCGACUACCUCCCCGAGUUGGAGAGGAAGAGGGCGGAGCGCGAGGAUGUAAAGCGCAAGACGCGGGAGAAGGAGCUUGAAAAGAUGAUGAAGGGGAUGGGCAUGGACUCGGACAAGGCAGGCAGCAGCCGAGAUAUGGUGCAGGAUCCGACCGACAAUGAUGACGUCGAGGUCCCGAGUGAUGAUGAAGAGGAUGAUUACCCCGACGACGACGAGAUGGAUCGUGAGGGCCUCCAGGCGAGAUACGAGGCAGCCAUGGAGGGCAAUGCAGAUUCGACCAUGGCAGAUGCGAGCUUUGCUAAGUUCCUACACACACAGAGGCAAUAG